AUGGUCAAAGAAUCAGAUGUUCGCAAUGCCAUCAAUCAGUGUAAACGCACAGGUCUAACUCGUUUUCACUUCCCCCGCACAGGCCCUGCGUCGUUCCCUGCGUUCCCCGCGGUCCGCCUGGCCGGCGGGCGCAGUGCCUGGGAGGGGCGCGUGGAGCUGUACCUCGCCGGGCAGUGGGGCACCGUCUGCGAUGACCAGUGGGACGACGCGGACGCCGAGGUCGUCUGCAGGCAGCUGGGCCUCAGUGGCAUCGCCAAAGCGUGGAGCGGGGCGUAUUUUGGAGAAGGUUCCGGCCCCGUGGUGCUGGACGAAGUGCGCUGCACGGGGAACGAGCUCUCCAUCGAGCAGUGUGCGAGGAGCUCCUGGGGACAGCACGACUGUGGCCACAGAGAGGACGCGGGAGUGUCCUGCACCCCCGUCACAGAUGGGGCCAUCAGACUCGCAGGGGGCAAAGGCAGCCACGAGGGCCGCUUGGAGGUGUAUCACCAGGGACAGUGGGGUACUGUCUGUGACGACGGCUGGACGGAGCUGAACACAUAUGUGGUUUGUCGGCAGCUGGGAUUUAAAUAUGGCAAACAAGCCUCCGCAAACCACUUCCCAGAAAGCACUGGUCCCAUAUGGCUGGACGACGUCACCUGCUCUGGAAAGGAAACCAGUUUCCUCGACUGUUCCAGGAAGCCCUGGGGGCGGCAUGACUGUGGCCAUCGCGAGGACGUUGGAGUCGCCUGCUACCCUGGCAGCGAGGGACACAGACUUUCUCUGGGUUUUCCUCUCCGACUGGUGGAUGGAGAAAACAAGAAGGAGGGACGCGUGGAGGUUUUUAUCCAUGGCCAGUGGGGAACCAUCUGCGACGAUGGAUGGAGUGACAAGGACGCAGCUGUGGUCUGUCGGCAGCUUGGCUUUAAGGGCCCCGCCAGAGCACGAGGCGUGGCUUAUUUUGGGGAAGGAGCAGGACCCAUCCACGUGGACAACGUGAAGUGCACAGGACACGAGCGGUCCUUGGCUGACUGCAUCAAGCAGGACAUCGGAAGACACAACUGCCGCCACAGCGAGGAUGCGGGCGUUAUUUGCGAUUAUUCUGGCAAGAAAGCGUCAGGUAACAGCAAGAAAGGGCCCCUGGCGUCUGUCUGUGGCCUGAGGUUAUUGCACCGUCGGCAGAAGCGGAUCAUUGGUGGGAAAAAUUCCUUAAGGGGCGGUUGGCCUUGGCAGGUUUCCCUGCGGCUGAAGUCACCGCACGGAGGUGGCCGGCUCCUCUGCGGGGCCACCCUGCUGAGCAGCUGCUGGGUCCUCACGGCCGCACACUGUUUCAAGCGGUACGGGAACGGCACUAAGAACUACGCCAUUCGCGUUGGGGAUUAUCACACUCUGGUGCCGGAGGAGUUUGAAGAGGAAAUUGGAAUCGAGCAGAUCGUGAUCCACCGGGAGUAUCGGCCGGACAGCAGCGACUAUGACAUUGCCCUGGUGAGGUUACAGGGACCAGAAGGCCACUGCGCCCGACUCAGCAGCCACGUCCUACCAGCCUGUCUACCGCUCCGGAGAGAGAGGCCACAGAAGACGGCCUCCAACUGUUAUGUAACAGGAUGGGGAGACACAGGACGAGCCUAUUCGAGGACGCUCCAGCAAGCAGCCAUCCCCCUGCUGCCCAAGCGGGUUUGUGAAGAACGUUACAAGGGUCGGUUUACGGGGAGGAUGCUCUGUGCCGGAAACCUCCGCGAACACACGCGCGUGGACAGCUGCCAGGGAGACAGCGGGGGCCCCCUCAUGUGUGAGCGGCCUGGCGCGAGCUGGGUGGUGUACGGGGUGACCUCCUGGGGACAUGGCUGUGGGGUCAAGGACUCCCCUGGUGUCUACACCAAAGUCUCAGCCUUUGUCCCUUGGAUAAAAAGUGUCACCAAACUGUAAUUCUUCAUGGAAACCUCAAGACGGAACCGUAUUUGAAGGAACUGAUGGCAGUUUUAACCUCCACUGUGAGCAGUCAGCCCGAGGGGACGACUGAUGCGGAUUGAGACCCGUGUUUCUGCUUUACAUUGUGGUUUGAAGUGUGUACCUUGUGCUGCUUUUGAGAAUUUGUGAUGUGAACAUUUUUGGUUACAGAUACCUCAGUGUAAUACUGAUUGUCCGUAAUUAGGAUUGUUGUCUACCCAGAUUUCACCGGAAACUCAACUUAUUCUCAUCUGAGCCGUAUUUAUCUAUUUGCCUAUUUCUCAGCAUUCUCCAGAGAUUCUUCUUUAUUGAUUUUGCAAUUAUGGCUGUUUUUACAUUUACCUGGACUGAGAAUGCCAUACAAUUCAAUCAAUAUGGUGUAUGAAUUUAUAGUAAGUGCCCACAUUUGACAUAAAAAAUACCCUUCACUACAUUCAAAAGAGUGGCGUUAUUUCCUUUUUAUGCCGAGGUCUUUUCAAAAGACUUACAAGAAACCUUCACAUAUCA